UGCACAGAUUUUGUUCUAGAACCAUCUACACUGCCUGACGACUGUUUACCACGCUUCGAUUCCUUGCCUGAAACACUCGUCACUAAGCGGGUUCGUCGCCGCUUCUUUAGCUCCUAUUCUCCGGCGAAUUCAUGGCGACUGGGCUAUCCCGAUGCAGCUUGGGCACUUCCUCUACCGUCUCCCUCCACCCUCCUCUUGCCACUUCGAGGCUCAGUUCCGGUCGAUCUCCCGGACCUCCUCGUUCCUUCCUCUGCCACCCCAAUCCAGAAGCGGAUUUACUUCGGCCGGAUUGAGAUGCAAGGUGGGUCAGAGGGGGCGUCGGAUGGGGAUCUGGUGCGAAACGGCUGAAGCUUCAAGGGAGAAAUUCGAGUACCAGGCUGAGCAAAAAAGUGAAACUGUCGUCUCGACGACCCCUCUAGGGUGGCCUCCCACUGUCUAGAAAGGAGGUAAAUCAUGAGGGGCUUCGCCUAGCAAUAACAGCGCAUGCAAGAAGAGGUUGAGGCAACUAGUGAAGCAUUGCACACCUAUUGGGAAUUGACUCGAGACCUAUUGGUAGUAAUACCCUUGCAUGAGCUAACUGCGUUAGCCGUGGGGGCAAGAUGGAUGCUUUUAUUGACAUGUCAUUCCGAUGUGGUUUGGUUAUAAUAUAGUAUGCUUGCAUUAUACAGCAAUGCAAGUGAUGCUCUGGACUAGCUGACCCCACCUAGUGGGUUGUAGAUUCCUUAGCCGCUCGGAGUCGACUCUAGACCUAUUGGCAGUAACACCCCUGUAUGAACCAACCACGCUAGCCCGUGGGGACAAGAUGGGCGCUUUUAUUGACAUGUCAUUCCGAUGUGGUUUGGUUAUAAUAUAAUAUGUUUGCAUUAUACAACAAUGCAAGUGAUGCUCUGGACUAGCCGACCCCAUCUAAUGGGUUGCAGAUUUCUCGCUAAUGAGUGAUGCGGUCAUUAGGGUGACCUGGAAAUUCGCAUCAAGCCUGAUCUAGAUAAUGAGAUAUUGGUAUUGGAAUGACCAAAUAAGAGCUAAUCGAUUGCUUGGAAUUGUUGCUCAGCGUGGAACAUCAACAUUUUUGAAAGCUCUAAAGGUUGAGAAAGAAGAGGAACCAAAAGAAGGAGAGGAAGCCAAACCUGAGGGUGAGAAGAAAAAGAAGAAAACUGUGACUGAGAAGUAUUGGGACUGGGAAUUAGCAAAUGAGACAAAACCUAUGGAUGUGAAAUCCAAAGGAAAUCAAGAAAGAUGAAUAUAAUGAGUUCUACAAAAAGGUAUUCAAUGAGUUCCUGGAUCCUCUUGCUUACACCCACGUCACCACAGAGGUAUUUUGUAACUAAAUAUAUCUUGAGAGAUUCUGGAAAGCAGAACCAGAAUCAAUAUGCAGAUAAAUUUGACAUAAUUCUUUACUAAACAGGGUGAGGUGGAAUUUAGGAGUGUUCUAUAUAUACCUGGAAUGGCACCUCUAAAUAAUGAGGAUAUUGUAAAUCCCAAGACAAAAUAUUUACGUUAAGCGUGUUUUUAUUUUUGAUGACUUUCAUGGUGAACUGGCGAGCUUAAAAUAAAUCAUUUCUUGUUUGGAGAUAUAUGUAGUUGUAUUAUUUAUAAACACUUAAUAGUUUAUAUAUCUCAAUAUGCUGAUGAUUAGUCCAAAUUUUCAGUUUCCUCAGUACUUGAGUUUUGUAAAGGGUGUAGUUGAUUCAAAUGUCCUCGCAUGUCUCACGGGAGAUCUUUCAAGAAAGUCGAAUUGUAAGUUGUUUAUUUUUGAUAAAUUUCUCCCUGUUGACUACUUCUG